AUGGCAAGAACUUCUUCAGAUGCCUCUAUAAGCUCAGGCGACAGAACCCUGUUGCAAAAAGCUAAGUCGCCAGAUGUCGUCCACACUAUCAAGUCUGUGGACAUCGAGAAAGUUGAAAGAGAGCUCGAGCACGAUGACUGGCUGUUUCACGAGGGAAAUGUCGAAGAAUUGGCAAACUCGCCCUACCCUGAGGUGCGUGCUGCAGUCAGUCUAGAUAUAGACCUUGAUGUGAAGCUCAACCAUUGGAGAACAUGGACACUCACGAUGAUCUUUGUGAUAGUUUUUGCCGGAGUAAACCAGUUUUUUUCUCUCCGGUAUCCGUCAUUGACAAUUGGCUUUAUUGUGGCCCAGAUUGUAUCUUUUCCCAUUGGCAAGCUGUUGGCCAAGCUCCCAAACUACAAACCUUCCUUCCUUCCAGAUUUCUUCCAGUUGAAUCCAGGACCGUACUCAAGACAAGAGCAUGGCUUGCUAACGAUUGUGGUGUCGUUAACCUCGUCUACUUCAUACGCCAUGAACAUUUUAAUUGCCCAGACCAAUUUCUAUAAUCAGAAGCUCAGCGCAGGUUAUAUGAUUCUCUUGGUGUUCUCCACACAGCUCUUGGGAUACGGCGCCGCUGGGCUCACAAGACGCUUCAUUGUCUACCCAGCGUCCAUGAUCUGGCCCCAAACUUUAGUGACCACAUCACUUUUUAAUACUUUGCACACCAAAGAAGGCGCUGCUCUCGACAAAAUGGUCGCCAACGGCUGGACCAUGUCCAGGUACAAGUUCUUCGGCAUUGUCUCUAUCUUCUCCUUUGUGUGGUACUGGUUGCCCGGGUACUUGUUCAAGGCGUUGUCUUACUUUGACUUCAUCACCUGGAUAUGGCCCCACAACACUGUAGUGAACCAGGUGUUCGGUGUUCAGUCUGGUUUGGGCAUUAUUCCCAUUUCUUUUGAUUGGACCCAAGCAACACAGGCGAUGUCUGCGUCACCAUUGGCUACACCAGCGUGGGUAUCUGCUAAUACUUACGCGUCAACAUUCAUCUUCUUCAUCAUUGUGUUGCCCUGUCUUUAUUAUACGAAUACCAUGUAUGCCAAGUACAUGCCUAUGAUUUCCUCUACUACAUUCGAUAAUAAGGGCAAGAAAUAUGAUGUUUCGAAGGUGCUUAAUGAUAAGCUUGUUUUUGACGAAGAGAGCUACAAGAAGUACUCCCCAUUAUUUGUGCCCUUCUCAUAUUUGCUUUCUUACGCCCUUAACUUUGCUGCCGUGAUUGCCAUCUUUGUUCACUGCUUCUUGUACCACGGAAAAGACAUUGUCAAAAAAUUGCAAGACCAAAGACAUGGCGGUGAAGACAUCCACAAGCGGUUGAUGAACAACUUCAAAGAAGCACCUGACUGGUGGUAUUUGGUUCUUUUCGUUAUUUCAAUUGUGCUUUCCUUUGUUGCGGUAUGCUGCUAUGAAACCCAACUUCCAUGGUGGGGACUUAUCAUUGCUUUGUGUAUUGCGUUUGUCAAUUUUGUCCCUCAAGGCUUGCUUGAAGGUAUCACUAACCAGCACGUUGGUCUUAACAUCAUCACUGAACUUGUUGCUGGUUACAUCUGGCAAGGAAAGCCAUUGGCAAACAUGAUGGUGAAAUUAUACGGGUUCAUCCCAAUGAGACAGGGACUCGACUUCUCCAGAGAUCUAAAGAUUGCUCAAUACAUGAAGAUCCCACCAAGACUUUUGUUUUUUGUCCAGAUUAUCGGCACUUUGGCCGCAGGUUUGGUGAAUGUCGGUGUUCAAGAGUGGAUGAGAUCAAACAUCGACAAUAUCUGUAGCCCCAAGCAAUCCGAUGGAUUCAUCUGCGCCAAUGGCAGGACUAUCUUCAACUCCUCCAUAGUUUGGGGUGCUGUCGGGCCCGCAAAGCUCUUCAAUCCAGGCAAACGGUACAACGCUUUCAUGUACUUCUUCCUCAUAGGCUUCUUUACCCCAUUCAUAACUUGGCUUGUUGCCAAAAAAUGGCCAAAGCACUGGGUGAGCAGAAUCAAUGCACCAGUGUUCUUUACUGGUCCAGGCAACAUCCCUCCAUCCACCAUAUACAAUUAUUCGCUCUAUUUCGUCAUUUCAUAUGGCUUCAACCAUUACAUCCGCAAAUGGUACAGAGCGUUCCACGUCAAGUACACAUACAUUUUGUCUGCAGCCAUUGAUUCUGGUGUAUCUAUUUCGGCGGUGAUCAUCUUCCUUUGUGUAUCUUACCCGGCUGGAUCACUCAAAUGGUGGGGGAACACUGUGUUUAAUAAGACUUACGAUGGUCAGUCAAUGCCCUUCUACAAAUUAGGACCAAACGAGACAUUUGGGCCCUCCACAUGGGACUGA